GUUUUGAGGCCCAAUAUUUGUCAACGCCCAGGUAAUACAUUAGACUGAGACUGGUGUGUCACUUUGUCACUCAACAAGGAUGCAUGAAGACAAAGAGGGCAGGGCCCGGAAAGCCUGGGAUGCUGCUCGGGAAACACCGAUUAUCGCAGAUGAGCUGCAACCUAGCAAGUUCUUGAACUUCAUCCAAAUCAUUACAUGCACUAUUGUGGGAAUCUUAGUGUUCGGUCUCGCCUUCUUAAGCAAAACAUCUCUGUUGCUGUUGAUAAACCUCUGCAGCAAAUCAUCAAAGACCAUCGAAACCAAACCGUACGCUUUCCUGUUCAUUGGGUGCCUUCUCAUUGCUCCAAGUGUUUUACUGCUGAUCAAAAGCGUUUGGAAAAUUACUUUUAAGGAUUCCAAAACCCCUUCGACGCAGACUUUGCUAUGGAUUAUUUCUGUGGAAACUUUGGUGGCUCUUGGAUCUUCCGUCCUUACCCUGGUCACAAUGCCCCAAUUUGACAUCCUGACCAACGUGAUGCUUCUGAACGGCAUUGCCACGUUAUCAGCCAUAUUUCAGGUGGUGGCGAACGCAGUCGCGCAUGGAAGGAGGAGAUUUAUUGCGACGUCUUUAGCUGCUGUCAUCUUCCUAAUUACAGGUUUUUGCCUCUUCGCUGUUAACUACAUGGAACAGCAACCUGAUAAACAGAGCAUGGCACUAUUUGUGGGUUUGGCAAUAGGAGGCACUAUCUUGGUCUCUUUGAACUGGUGGGAGAACUACGCCAUGCUUUUCAAAAUCGUCUUCUUCCAGAACACAAUCCGGGACAUUGAAAAAUCCCACAACUUCGUGAACAUUGUGGCUAGUUUGGUGCGAAUCAUCGUGACAUCCUCUGUCCUUGGAGCGUAUGUGCCGCUCUCAAAGCAGAAGUGGUCAUCAGUGCUGUCGGUCACAAGCUUCACUGAAACCCUUGUCUUGAGCCUCUUUGCUAUUCAGGUGAUAGCUUCAGUUUUGUGUCGCUACAUGGCCGUGGUUGCUUGCAAAAUGCAUGCUGUGCGCCGCAGCUUCUUCCUUCCAAUGAUCUUCGCAUCUCCGGCCACUUUGGUUGCCUUCGUGCUGGCCAUCUGGAUUCCCUUUUUGACUGUCAAUCAACAGAACAAAAUCUCAUUUUUUGAAUACUGUAGCACCAUUCAGACCAUAGAAGGCUCAGGGCCGAGCGCUUUGAAGCUGAUGCUGAAGGAUUUAACUCGUAACUUGUGCCACCACAUGUCAUACAAGGAGACUUCAUUGGGUUUUGGUCUGCUUGGAUCGUCUUUAAUAAGCUGGUGGAUCGGCCUUGUGCUCUGCACGCUCUAUAUCUGGUUCUUGAACACAGAACGCAUUGCCAGGACUAAAGACCUGUUUGUGCGCAACUUUUACGAAGCAGCGUUUAUUGACCAGUCCAUGCUUCUGAACUCCAAGUUCGAGAUUUCUCUUCAGUCAAGGCUUAACAGGGAAAAAGAGCUGGUGACCAUCUACCUCUGUGCAACCAUGUGGCAUGAGACUGCAGAUGAAAUGAUGAAAAUGAUCAUCUCAAUGUUCAGACUGGACAAAUUCCGCCCAAAGAAAAACCAAUUUAAUGAUGUUGUUUUUGAGUCUCACAUUUAUUUUGAUGAUGCUUUUCUGACCAAAGACAACAAACGGUGUGUCAACGAGUAUGCCGAGACCCUGGUGAAAGUCAUCAGAGAAGUUUAUGUACUAUUCACAGAGGAUAGCAAAAGUGUAUUUAGGAACCAAAAACCUCUUCCUGACCAGAAAAUCUUCCAGACACCGUAUGGCUGCCGUCUGCAGUACAUCCUUCCUCACGGCAACACACUGUUUGUUCACUUCAAAGACAAACACCAGAUUCGCCACAAAAAGAGAUGGUCUCAGAUCAUGUAUAUGUACUACCUUCUUGGCUGGAGGCUGCACAAGAAAUACUAUCAGAUGUACAUGGAAGGAGAUGAGCAUCUGACACAUAUUAAAGACCAAUUGAAUAAAGCCAAAGAGAACACAUACAUUCUGGCUCUGGAUGGAGACACAGACUUCCAACCUUCAGCUGUCAUGCUUUUAGUGGAUCGGCUCAGGUUGUAUCCUGAAGUGGGAGCUGCUUGUGGGAGGAUUCAUCCCACUGGCACUGGCCCGAUGGUAUGGUAUCAGAAGUUUGAGUAUGCUGUGGGUCACUGGCUCCAGAAGACAGCGGAGCAUGUGUUCGGGUCUGUGCUGUGCAGCCCGGGGUGUUUCAGCCUGAUGCGUGCAGAAGCACUCAUGAGUGACAACGUCAUGAAGAGAUAUACAACAAAAGCAACUGAGGCGUCCCAUUAUCUACAGUAUGACCAGGGUGAAGACCGCUGGCUGUGCACACUGCUUCUGCAACAGGGAUGGCGAGUAGAAUACAACGCUGCCUCUGACUCGUACACUAACGCUCCACAGGAGUUCAAGGAGUUUUACAACCAACGGAGGCGCUGGGGCCCAUCCACCAUGGCCAACACGCUGGACCUUCUUUCCAGUGGCAGCGUCACUGCACGCAUGAACAAGUCUAUAUCACGACCUUACAUUCUCUACCAGACUAUCACCAUGGCCUCCUCGAUCUUAGGGCCAGCUACGGUCUGCCUCAUGAUUGCAGGAAGCUUUAAAUUCGUCUUCAAAAUAGAUGCCAACGUUGCUCUUGUGAUGGCGAUCGUUCCUCCUGCGAUCUACAUGAUUCUCUGCUAUUAUCUCGGGCAAGCAAAAUCAGACUUACAAAUCAACAUCGCUGCCAUGUUAAGUAUAAUCUAUGCUUUUCUGAUGACAGCAACCAUCUUAUCUAUUGUAGGGGACCUUGUAGUCCAGCAGACGUUCAUGUCUCCAGGUGGAUUGUUCUUUAUUGGCAUAAGCGUCAUAUAUGUUACCACGGCUCUUCUUCAUCCUCACGAGUUUCAUCUUAUCACCUUUGGAAUCCUUUAUGUCAUCUGCAUCCCCAGUGGCUACUUGCUGCUGGCAAUUUACUCCAUGGUCAACAUGAACAACGUGUCAUGGGGCACACGUGAAUCUGCUUCUCAAACCACUGGAUCUGAGGAAAACCUCCAGAAAAAUGUCAAGUGCCAGAAGAUGUUCAAAAUAUGUGGUUACAACUUGGAGUUUCAGGUGAACAAAGAAGAAGCGGUGAUGUGCGCAGUACCAGAAAAUGCACCUCAAGCCACACUGUUGUCUGCCGUUCAAUGCAAAGAGUCCACCCUGCCUAAAGAAAAACCUUUCAUUGAGAACUUUUUUAUUCAGCAGUUGUCAGAAAGAUCUAGUGAACUGGCCCUUAUCGAGCACAGAUUCGAUUUGAAAGAAGAAACAUUUUGGGUGGACCUAAUUGAACAAUACCUAAAACCACUGGAAAGUGAUAAAAAAAAGGAGGAAAAAGUCAAAGCAGAUCUGAAAACUUUACGCAACAAGGCAACUUUUGUGUUUUUUAUCUGUAACGCCUUGUGGUUGGUGGCAACGUUCUUUCUGCAAGCCAUUGGCACCGCAGUGAGCAUCACCAUCCCAAAAGUCUUUGCCAAUGGAACUGUUGACCCCGAUGGGAAGCUUUAUAUUGAUCCUAUUGGAUUGAUGUUCCUCAUAGGUUUUGCUGGCCUCCUUAUAGUCCAGUUUUUGGCAAUGCUAUGGCACAGAAUCCAGACUUUAAUCCACUUCAUUGCUUACACUGGGACCGAGUCCGUGGUUAACAGAAAGGUGCGAAAGCUCUCUCUAGCACUCGUCACUGAGAGUAUUGAUGAAAAUAAUUUUCUUUAGGAGGAAAUGAAACUGGGUAAAAGCCAAAUGAACUGUGAUGGGAAACUUGGAACCUGGAAAACCGAAGAAUCCUUAAACUAUACAAUAACUGCUUAUUGGGAUUGAAAGGAUUUUUUUAAUCACUGUUUACAGUUAUUUGUUGCUUCUUCUUCUUCUUUAUUAUUAUUAUUAUUAUUAUUAAUUAUUAUUAUUAUUAUUAUUAUUAUUAUUUUGUUGUUAUAAAAAUAUUUAUUAACAAUGUGCUGUUUCUCCUACGAAUGAGCCAUGUAUAAUCUAUGUAUAAUCUAUGUAUAAUCUAUGUACCUAUAUAUAUAUAUUUAUUUCUGUUUCAAGGUGGAUCUGAGCCAUUUUGUUCGAAGACAAAAUGAGCGUAACUUGUUAAAUGACUGACAGAUCAUUAAUAAAAUUUAUUUAUGACAUACACCGUUUUCAGACAAAAUAAUUUACUACGUCAUUGCAUACAUUUUAUUACAUAAAUAAAUGUUACUUUAUUUAAUCUCUGUUUAAAUGUGAAUGUAAUUUGCCGUAGACCUAAAAGUUGUAAAUUCUA